AAACGUCAGUAACUAUAACCUCGGUGAAGGAUGUUAAUUGCGAACACGUUUCCCGUUGUUGGAUCGUACAAAUAGACAACGGACGUGAUCGAUAAGGAGGACGAAAAAUGUGCGACUGCCCUGCAGACGGUGAUAAAAAGGUCUUGGAAACGGUGACGCUCUUCAGGAAAUGCCCAAAGCCAUAUCGUCCAGGGAAAGACAUAACCGAACCAUGGAGCUGCGACACAAUUUCGAACAAGGAUGCAUAUAGUCCCGUGGAUUCUUCGCAAUCGGGCCUUGGAUAUACCGUUUGCGCCUCACCGAAAGGAUCGCAGUCGAUCUCGAGCAGCUUUACCAGUUCCUCCAAAGUGUACAAGUUCGUCAGUCCUCGAGAAUGCGAGUGUCUCGGAGAAGUCGAAGAAGAAGCUUGGAAGCCACCGAUUUUCUCGUUCGAGCCUUGCAUCGACGAAGAGGAGGUUGAAGGGAUACCGGAUGUCGAAUGCACGCUGGCGAUCAUAAAACCGGAAGCAGUAGUUUACAGGAAACAAAUCGAGCGACGUAUAUUCGAGGAGGGUUUCGAGGUUCACCAAACGCGAUGGCUGCAGCUCACGCCGGAACAGGUGUCUGAGUUUUACUCGGAUAAGUAUGGACAGCUGAACUUUGCUCAUCUCGUUGCCUACAUGGCAUCCGGUCCCAUAAUCGUUCACGUUUUGGCUAAGCGACGUGCAGUUCAAGAGUGGAGAUUGCUCAUAGGGCCAACGAAAGUCGUGGAAGCUCGUUUAUAUUAUCCCGAAAGUAUAAGAGCAAGAUACGGUAGAAGAGGCGAGGAUUUUAAAAAUGCCGUUCAUGGAAGUAACACUCGAGAAGAGGCGGAAAAGGAAAUUCAUUUCUUCUUUCCCGAAUCGAUAAUCGAACCCGUGUUGAAAGAUCAAGUAGCAGUGGAUUAUCUAUGGGAAGUACUUAAUCCCGUAUUGGUGGAAGCUCUGUCUACGGUAAAACGAACAAUUUGUAGUCUUUUAUUUCAUCGAACUUCGAUAAUCGAGAUGAAAGUAACGGCUUGCGAACAUUUUGUUACACAGUGUUGCAAAUUAAAGCCUGCAGACCCUAUCCUAUGGCUUGCCAAUUGGUUGAUCACGAACAAUCCUAAUAAACCAAAGUUACCCGAAGAUCUCGCCAUGAUCCACUCAUGAAUAUCAAAAUUUAUGC